UUCCUCACCACAAAUGUCUACCUCCUAAUCUUAUCCGUUCAAGAAUAAAAUUCCCGACAUUUAUUUCGUUUGAGAAAAUUCCUAAAACCCAUACCCAAUUCCUAUAAGACAUUCUUUGACGGCUUGUCUUAUCCAGUCUUCCCGUUACACUAUUACUGCAUCGCAUCGCAGCGCCAUCUACCAUCUUCCCUCUCGUGUUACAUAACACUACUUCAUACAAAACAAAGCCCAGGUCAGAUUAUUUCACUGAAUAGAUGGCGGAACCCGAGCAAGUUGGGACACCUCCCGUGUCUCCAGACAGCCUGCAUAACAACGAAGCAAAGAAUACCGACACACCUAAUAACGGCACGCGUCGCUCAGGUAGAGCGACAAAGGCACCUGCCAAGUACGAUGAGGAGUAUGUCAGUCCAGCCUAUAAAGCACCUAUGCAACCUGCCAUACCGUCAACCCGCCCAAAGCGUAAGGCAGCUCAGAUUGCAAAAGACAAUAUCAUUCCCGAAGAUCCUGGUCCACUCCUGGAAGCAGCUCUAAACCGAAUGUCCCAGGAUGAGCGCAAAGAGUAUGGUGGUUGGGUGGAACUUGAAUCUGAGCCUGGAUUCUUCAAUGCCAUUCUGCAAGAGCUUGGAGCUAAGGACUUCAAGGUUCAAGAAGUGUACAGUCUGGAUCCAGACAUCCUAGAAUUCCUGCCCAAACCUGUUCAUGGCCUCAUUUUCUUAUUCCAAUACGAUGGAUCUGAUGAGCCAAGCAACAAGGCGAACCGCCAGGAGUGUCCUGGUUAUCUCUGGUUUACCAACCAGACAACAGCAAAUGCUUGCGCUACCGUAGCGCUCAUGAACAUCAUAAUGAAUGCCCAAGACGUCACCCUCGGUAUGGAACUCCAGAGUUUUAGAGAGUCAACAAAAGAACUACCCCCUCCUCAUCGAGGCAGCUCCCUCGACAAGAAUGACUUCAUCCGCAGCGUCCAUAAUUCCGUUGCAAGGCGGAUCGAUCUCCUCUCUGAGGAUCUAUGUCUUGACAACAAGUAUGAGGAGUCGGUGACGGUGAAAAAAAGAAGAACGCAAAAGAAGUCUGCCCGUGCCCCACGCAAAGGGCUCGUCGAGACAAACUAUCACUAUAUCGCCUACGUGCCCGUGAACGGCCAGGUUUGGGAACUUGAUGGCUUUGAAACGAUGCCAUUAUGUCUUGGCCCUAUAUCGGAUUCAUGGAUCGACACAGCAAGCACAGCGAUUAAAGAGCGCAUGACGCGCAACUCGGAAAUCCCAGAAUUUAGCCUCCUAGCCAUCUGCCAGUCUCCUCUCCAGACUCUAGCCAAGGAAUUUGCUAUCAGCCUAGCCUGCUCCUACGCCUUACAUGAGCUCUAUAGCGGAAAUACCAACUGGACCGCCCCAGACCCCUUCAAAGCUUUCCCCGCCUCUCAUCUCGCCCAGCGAAAUCUGACACAUGAAGAUAUCGUAUCCCAAGAGCUUCCGGAUCUAUACAGGACCAGGACGAGUCACCCGGACUUCAACUCGGACGAAGCACUGGAGCUAGCGAAAGAACUAAAAACGGAGCAGGAUUCGCUCGACGCCCAGUACGUUGCUGAGCUGGCGACGAUAGAUGAGGCUGUGGAUAUAAUACGUGGUCGGCAGCGCGAUUACACGCCCGCGAUACACCAUUGGGUGCGAGCUCUUGCUGAGAAGGGUGUGCUAAGGGGGCUGAUCCAGGAUGUGGGAUCGUAAUGGUUAGAUAGGAUUUGAUACGCAACAGAUUGUUGCUAAUAUGGAGAAGGGGAGUUAUAUGAAGCUCGGUUCGUUCUGAUAUUACUGGCCCGAUGAUACUACGACUUUGAACGCCAGCAUUAUGACCAUUACAUACCGGAUACAGGGAAGGUAGGGAUGUAUCAUGGAAAAUAGGAAUCUUAAUUCGGAGACACUCGUCUCGUCAUAAAUUCGCAGCGACUUCUGUUGUAGGGUCAAGACAUAUGUGUAGCUUCGGUGGAAAAAAAAAAAGACGAUAAAUAAUACCAUUUCACUAACUACCUAAAUAUAAGAGAUGUAAACUGUGUUCCUA